AUGUCACAAGAAUCAUCUCCUCCGCCUCCAUUGCCUGCUAGGAAAUCAGUAGAUUCUGCUGCAGAGAAAAUUUCCAUUGAAACUGAAGCGAGCAAGAAACUUCCGGAUCUUCCACCGGCAGCAAAUGCCAAUCAACGAAUUAGUUUUGAUUUGAAUGAUUCAGUCUCGCAGAUAUCUGCAGUUAGACAAUGGGAACUUUACACUUCUCUUCAAUUGAAUGAGACCUCAGAUCUUUUUGUGAAUAAUUCAAUUGGACAAAAUACAAUCCGAUCGAAAUUGAAUGAAUUGGAAGUGGAAGAUGGCGACACCAAUACCAAAUUUUGGAUCGAUAUCGUUAAUGAUUAUACGAACCUGAUUUUACUUAAUAAAAAGAUAAAUAAGUUGGAGGAAAAGGUUUUAGCGGGGGUACCACUGAAUAUUAGAUACUUGGUCUAUUUGAAAACUCUACUUGUUAGACAGAAACUCAACUCGAGAGAAACCUUCUCCAGUCUAUUAACCAAGUCGAGACAAUUGAGAGAUGAAUAUAUUGAAAGUUUGAAUGUGGAUUCCAGGGUUAAGGAGGUUUUAAUUGUUUUUAAUUACUACAUUAACGAGAUGACCAAUUCGAAAUUUGAAAUAGAGAGUGAGGAAAGCCUGGAGGUGAUGCAGUUUCCAAUUAGCCGAUUUAUCAUCAAUGUUUGUAUAUUAUUGGGCACAUUUCCUGAUGCUUCACAAGAGGAUGUGUUGUAUUUGCUUCUUAAAUUUAACAAGUUGUACACUUGUUUGAACAAGGAUGAGUUUUUCUAUAAAGUCAGUAGAUCAUUGGAAGAAGAUUUGCCUGAUAUUUUCAAGCACAUUAGUGUACAAGGGAUCAAUUUAAACUCUUUAUUUAGAGGUAUUUUGGUUCAGCUAUUUAGUAGUGAGUUGCUUGAUGAGGAGAUUUGUUUGCGAGUUCUUGAUUUUGUUGUUUUUGAAGGUUUUGAUUUUGUGCUUCGUUUGAUAUUGUAUAUGUUCCGCAGAAAUCUAGAAAAGAUAAAGGAGUUGGAUGGAGAUGCCUUGCUUGAAUUUUUGAGUUGUCCCGAAUUUGUAUCUGAGGUGCAAUUUGAUUUUAAGGAGGUCUUGGCGGAAGAGCCUCUGGUUAUUCAGUAUGAGAAUGAGUUUUACUUGAUCAAUGCCAAUUCUAUGAACAACAAUAGCAAUGAGUUGACAAAUUUGAAGGAAGUUAAUGAUGAGCUAGUGGUAAAAAUCAACGACUUGAGACGAAAAAUCGAUAGUCUACAAGCAACACAUUAUGAGAUUUCCGAUCAGAGUGAACAGUAUACCAAGGACUUGUCUGAAGCCGAGAUAGAGAAUCAAAAAUUGUUGAAGAGACAGGCUGAGCUACAAGAAAAGUACCAGAAUUUGACCAUGGCAGAGAACUUGAGCAAUACGAUUAAAGCAAACCAAGAGUUUUCCCAAAGGAAUUUUGAAUUGGAACAACAAAUUAAAAAUCUACAGAAAUCAAUAGAAGAGAAGAAUGCAAAGUUGGCUAAGAUUCAACCAAGCUGA